AUGGGUAACGGAGCCAAAGCCGCCUCUAAGCGUGAGCGCAAUGCCAAAGACGCAAAGGGUUCUGCGAAGUCGCAGCUCAAAGCUAACGAAGCUGCCAAGGAUAUCAUCUGCAGCGUUUGCAGACAGACUUUCCUCAAGACUACUCGUGGUCCGGCCCUGACCGAGCAUGCUGGUAAUAAGCACAGCAAGACGCUCCAGGAAUGUUUCCCUAGCUUCGUGGAGGCUCCUAAGAAAUAA